AAAAUACAGCUAGAAAAAAAAGUUUGGUCCUGUAAAAGAUUCUUUCUCACAAAAAUGAAAACAGCUGUUGAAACGUGGGAAGCAGAGAAGUGCAUGUGGCAUAUUUAAAACUCUGCCUUUCCUUAAACAGCAUUUAAGAGUAGUUUAGAGGCUCUGAACAUUCUGGGAUUCGGGGCUAAUUAGUCCCAUCAACACAUAAACCGAGCUGAUUGCUGUUUCUGUGAACGAACCCACUGUCAGAGUAAGGAAGCCUCUGAGGGUCAUGCCUGCUGUUCUGACCAGGUGGCAGUUCCCUGGGAGUCUCAGUGCCUGAGUAAGGAAGCCUCUGAGGGUCAGUUCUUCCGCACACUGACAAGGAUGCUGCAGCUGUGUAAAGUCACCAGCGCCCUGUUCAUCAGUAACGCCCGCUCAGCUUGCAGCGACGAGCUCAUCCAGCAGGAGGCGGUGACGCUCUGCAUCAACGUGUCCAAGCAGCAGCCGUUUCCGGCCUCCAGCAUCAAGAAACUGCAGAUCCCCGUCUACGACGACCCCAACGAGGACUUGUACAGCCACUUCGACCGCUGCGCCGACGCCAUCCAGAAGGAGGCGGACCGCGGAGGACGCAGCGUCGUUUACUGCAAGAACGGCCGGAGCCGCUCCGCCGCCGUCUGCAUCGCCUACCUGAUGAAGCACUGCAAGCUGCCGCUGACGGACGCCGUACAGAAGGUGAAGUCUACUCGUCACGUGAUCGACCCGAACCCCGGCUUCAUGUCUCAGCUGCAGAGAUAUGAACAGGAGCUGAAGCAGAGAUGAGGGGAGGCCAACUGAUGAAGUUCUGAUCCCCAGGUCCUCCUGUGAAAGCCAGCAGGUGAGCAGUUUCCUCUC